CCGCGCUGACUGACGGCUUAGGGUUAACACCUCCUUCUAGGCGGCAGCAGAGCCUUGGCUAGCUGGUAAAGGCGGGGAGGGAGGAAGAAAGAGUGAGAGGGGUAGAGAGGGCCCGCGGUAAGGAGCAUGUGCUAGGGAGUCCAGUAACCAGGGACAACCACAGCAACAGAGCUCCCUUGGAGGAGGAGAAGGAGGAGGAGGAAGAAGAGGAGGAGAAUAAGGAGGAGGAGAAGGAGAAGGCAGAGAGCGGCUCCGCAGCCCCGCAGCCCCGCAGCCCCGCAGCCCCGCGCCCCCGCGCCCCCGCGCCUCCGGGCCUCCUCCCGGAGCCAGCACUGAGCAAACCCCGCGGGCGGGCGGCAGGAUUUGGGAACCGUAGGAGGAGAGAGACUGAGGCUACCGCCCCCGGGCCUGCAGAGCCAGCUCCCAGCGGGCUGGGGAUGUAAAAGGCUUUCCAGAUCUCUAUCCCCGGCCUCUCUCUGAGUCCCUCCAGGAGCUCAGGGCGCGCAGUGCUUUGCAAGCUAGAACCUUGAUCCAGGACCGAGAGAGCGGGAGACAAAGACCCCUAAAGCCCCCCGCCCCUGCCCCUGCCCCUGUCCCUGCCUCUGCCUGCGGAUCCCCUGUUCCCGAGCCGGUGCAGGGCCGCCUGGGACGAAACCCCGCGGCGGGACUGGGGAGAGCCGGCUGGGCCCGGAGCCGCUCCGGGGUUUAUGCCCUAGUCGGUUCGGGCCCGGCGGGGGACGUGGCCGCAGAGGAUGGGGAAAUCCAACAGCAAGUUAAAGCCUGAAGUAGUAGAAGAACUGACCAGAAAGACCUACUUUACUGAGAAGGAAGUCCAGCAGUGGUACAAAGGUUUCAUCAAGGACUGUCCCAGUGGUCAGCUGGAUGCUGCAGGAUUCCAGAAGAUCUACAAACAGUUCUUCCCCUUUGGUGACCCCACCAAGUUUGCUACGUUUGUUUUCAAUGUCUUUGAUGAAAACAAAGACGGAAGGAUAGAAUUCUCCGAGUUCAUCCAGGCACUGUCGGUGACCUCUCGUGGGACCUUGGAUGAGAAACUAAGAUGGGCAUUCAAGCUUUAUGACUUGGAUAAUGAUGGCUACAUCACAAGGAAUGAAAUGCUGGACAUUGUGGAUGCCAUUUACCAGAUGGUGGGUAACACUGUGGAGCUUCCAGAAGAGGAGAACACCCCAGAAAAGAGGGUGGAUCGGAUCUUUGCCAUGAUGGACAAGAAUUCAGAUGGAAAGCUGACACUGCAAGAGUUCCAGGAGGGCUCAAAGGCUGAUCCUUCCAUUGUCCAGGCACUCUCCCUCUACGAUGGGCUUGUAUAGUCCUAGGGCCAGAGCAGGGAUGCCUGCAGACUGCCUGCCUCCCUCUGUGCCAUCAGACCACCUCAGUAAUGAAGCUCGUCCACUUGUCUCUCUCCAGCCUUCCUUUACGCACAGCAGGGCUGCACACAAAAUGUGAGGUCCCUUUCCCCUGCCCCUUCUCACCCUCCGCAUCCCCUUACUGUGCCCUGAAGUCACUAUCUCCAUUUGCCAACUUCUGCUUGUCGGAGGAAAAACAGCGGCGAUCAUCUGCAGAACAAGGCCACCUUUGCAUCACAGAAGAGCCUCGUUGUUUCUCUCUCAUGCCCCUGCUUUUAUUUUUCAUUUGGAACAGACAUUUUUUAAAAUGCCCUUCUGUUCUAGAAAAUGUAGACUGAAGAAUGAUAAUGGUCCUGGGUUAUUCAGAAAACUCUCCAGCUUCCUUCCUACUGGUGGCUGGAACGAUUGUUGGGAAGAUAUCUCUUUUGUUCUUGGUUUGGGCCAGAUGUAUUUGGGAGAUGAUGGAUGUUUCUUGUCAUCCGGUCCUUUUAGCAGCAAAACAACCUGUGGGGCUAGGAUGAUUUAUUAUUAUUAAUUAUUAUCAUUAUUAUUUUUUCGUGAUAUCAGUAUUGUGUUUUUUUGUGGGAAAGUGAGUUUUUUUAUACAUAUAUAUGAUCAAUAUCUUUAUUUAUUGGUUGUUAACUGUUGCUGCUGUCUGGUAUGUCUGAGCCCCCAAGUAUCCAGGGGCAAAACGUUUACAUGUGCACGCGCCCCCCAUGCUCGCUCAGGAGGACGGUGGCCCACAGUGGCCAAGAAGCCAAAAAUACUUUCCCAGAUACUGUGCUUGGUUUUUGGAGUGGGGUUAGGGAUGAAAUUCUUGAAAGGGUUAUAUACCCAUCUCUCUUCCAGAUGCUUGCUUCCCUGGGUUCCCUUGCUUCCUCAUUGCUUUCUCCUUUCCCUUAUCUUUAUCCUUUCUCCCAUUCUCUUCCUCUACUUUCCCUUCCCUACCCCCUCCCCAGCAUUCUUCUGCAUGAUUUUCAUGCUCAAUGUCAGAGAGAGACCCCAGCUGCUUUUGCAUUCAGAUUUUCAUUUGGCCUGGUUGCCUUUCUUGCUUCUUGCUUUUAUGUCUUGGGCAGAUUAGAGAAAUUGAGUUUCUUAAAAGGUUGCACCAAAAAAAAAACCUGUUUGGGGAAAGAACUCAAUCAAUUCUUUUAGUAAAGAGCUUAGAGAAGGGAAAAUCCAUCCUAUUCACAGAAGAGUGAAAAGCUGCUAUUAGCCAAAAACUUAAGUAGCCUCCCUUUUGGGAGACUUGCAAAUGAUUCCCAAACCUUCCCAUUCAGCAUAUUCCUCCCCUCCCCCAAUUUUUCCUUUUUGAGGAGAGACACAAGAUAUAUCUGUAUUCCUCUGGCUCACAUUUAGUAGACACUUACCUACAUGUUUAUUGAACCGAGGCAUCUUUGGGUCCACUGGGUGAACAAUUAUAGGGAAAGAAGCUUGUUCAAAGAGAUAGCUGUCCAUCAAUUCGACAUUAAGUCAAAUCAAUGAAUUUAUGUUCAUUAAUGAACAACCAUUUAUUUAACUCCUACUAAGUGCAAGUGUGGUAGAUUCUGAAAAUAUAAAGACAAAAACAAAACAUUCCUGCCGCGUAAGGGGCUUACAUUCUAUUGAGUCUGUCAGGCAAUAGCCUCCUGACUAUUUCUUGGGAAGAGCUCUACCUCUUUUUGGAAAUCGAGAAAAAUAGCUAAACCAUGAUAUUCUAGAAAAUGUUGCCAAAGCUUUUAGUGGGAAGGACAAACAGAAAGCCAACCAGAGAGUUCCAUGGGUGAUGUCAUGUAACUUUUUGUUUCCUUUGAUGUUUGAUGAAUGUCCUGCCAUCUUAUUUUUCCUUUGAGUCUAAAAUGGAGAGGAUAAUGUGCCAGACCUGGCUGUUCACAGCUGUUCACACUUUUCCUUAGCCAGAUGAUUGGGAGUUAUGACCGGCCUGUAGAGAACAUGCCUUAUAAAUUUAGUUCUAUUGCAGUGACAAUUAAUGUCAAUCACUUAAGAAUUAGCAACCUGAUCUUUCUGUUUUUGUUCUUCCACUCUCCCUGCCCUGCCGCGUUUCUAAAGAGUUGGCCUUGGAAACAGCUGGCACCCAGCAUGACUUGGUUGACAUCUGCCCUUACCUGAAAACUUAAGAAUCCCAUUCUGGGCAGAUAAUCUUGAACAUUUCGGAGGCCACAUCCCUCUCUCUCUCUUUCCAUAGUUCCUUGUUCUUUCUGCCCUUCUCUGACAAAGGUGUCUCUUUUGAGGGAAAGGGGCAUUCUGGACUUGGUGGCUGAUCAUCCUCUCUAAACACUCUACUAUAUCUUCCUUUUGAUAUGUAGUUUUUUAGAAUCUGUUUAGGUCCUAACCCAAAGUUUCUCCUCCAGCCAUUUGUUUCCCUAAAACUCCAAUCAUCCUCUUUCUUAGGAGUCUUGGGGGCUCUCCUUGCUGCGCCCAUCUCACUGCUGUUGGAAUCCUUAUUCUGAUCUUCGCCUCUUAUUGUAACUCCAAGGGAUUGAGGGGGGGUUCAGAGGAAUCUCAUGGCUUCAUUCUCUAGCAUUUUCAAAUAUCUCCCUUUCUCCCUGGGGAAACAGUAUAAAAAUUCUUCUUAUUAGGUUCAGGCUUGUUCUCCCCUCCCAAGAACCUCAACACACUUGGGGAUGGGAUUAGGUAUGAGCAAGUUAGGGAUUCUUGGUUAGAUUUUCUCUCUUUGUCUACUUCCGAGAGAACUCUCUUGGCUUUCUCUUGUAAGCUAUCAGCUUAUGGGUAAGGAAUCUUUUUAAGCUCAACCAGAUGGCUUGUGGAGGAAUUUCUUGGAUCAAAGAUUGAGUAGGCACUGUUGUUUAAGCCUGUAUUCUUCCUGACCCAUUUUUGAGCUUUCUUACUUUCCAUAGUCAUCUCUUAAAAAUGGAUAGCACCUUUGCUGGGUUAGCUAUGGAAAGAUAGUUUUAGCUCCCUUCUAAAUCUGAAGGCUCAGCUUCUAAAGUUUUUCAUUUAGCAAGGACAGCUGGGUUGGACCAGAGAAGUCUACAUGGGAGCAAUCUUCCCCCUCUUAAGCUCCACAACCAGAUGUUAAAGACCAUAUGAGAUAGAAAAUUAUCAGUGUCAAGCAGAGAGGCAGUUGAUCACUUAGUGAAAAGACAGUAGGCAGGAAAAUCAGACUUGGAUUCAAGUUCCAUUUAUGCCCUUAAUUUGCUUUAUGAUCUUAGGCAAGCUGCUUCCUGACUCUAAGCCUCAGGUUCCUCAUGGGUAAAAUGAGGGAAUUAGACUACAUGAAUCUCUAAGGUCUCUUCUGACUCUUAAGGUAUGAGCUCUGAUCUUCUACAAGGGGGAAGGUUGAGCUCAUAUUCUCAGGACCUAGAGAAGCACCAGAGUCAUCUCUUGAUGUGACUUUUCUCUUGUUCCAUUCCCUUGAUCCAGGGCUCCAUAAGAGAAGUAACCAUCAGUCAAUAAUAUCAGGGUCCUCUGAUAGCUUAAGAGAAAACCCUCAGAUGAAUUUUAGCUAAUGUAGUAAGUCUGUCUUUUGCUUGCUGUGCUCAGAACUCCUUGGUGCCUUGAGGUGCCUGAUGGUCAAAGUUAGUUAUCUGUUUGACUCUCUUUGAGAUUUGGUUCUUUCAAAGAGAAGGUAAAUUGUAUCUAGCCAGGGUGGAUUACGAUUGAUAGUAAGGGUAGAAAUGUUUGGUUUCCUUCACUCCCCUUCCCCCAAAAUACAUCAUUCAGUACCCCUUUUUUCUUUGUGAAUAAAAAGAAAGUCAGCAGUUUUCUGGCUUUCUCUUUCCUGUCCACCACUGCAGUGCAGAGUUAAGAGUGGGAAGCUGUUAAUAGACAUACCUUCUUGCCUCCAGUCUCAAAUUCUUCAUUACCUUUUAUAUUUUUCUCUUGAGGACUGUUUCCACACAAGUAAUUGACCCUUUGUAAACAGAUCUUUAGCAGAUGGGUACUUUCUCCAUUUUAUAGGGGUUAAUUGAUGUGGGUGCUAUAUACCAAUACAGUGUUUGAUGAACCUUAAAAAUGUCUCUGGUAACUGUAAAUAUUUCCUGGUGAAUUGGUGGAAAGGAAGGGAAUAUGCAUUUAUAUUGCACCUAUUAUAUACCAGACACUGUGCUGAGUGUCUUUGCUGUACAAAUAUUAUUUCAUUUGAAUUAAGAUUUCCUUUGGAUACAAUGUCGAUUCCUUUGUCCCAUCUCAGACUAAAUUUGGGAUAAGUUUCUUGGAGUCUUUCAAUGGCUGCUUAGGGACUAGGACCAUACAUAUGGCUUUUGAAUGACAGGAUUCACAAACGUUGACCUUACUGCUGCUUUUGAAUUGGUCUUAUGACUAAAUACUGUGCUUUCCUCUUCUGCCCCCUUAUGGAAGGGAUUCUGUGUAUCUUGACUCAUGUGGUUUUGGAGGAAGGGGGCAGUCAUUUUAUUCAUGCCUUCUUACAUAAGAUCAUUUUUGUGUCUAGUGAGAUCCAUUUGAGGUACCAGGGGCUUGGACUUGGGAUUUGAAAGUUGUGCUGCCCCUUCCUUAAGCGACCCCAGGAAAGUUGUUUUCCUUUUUUUUUUGGACUCAGUUUCCCCUCUAGAAGACUCUACCUUCUUCCCUCUUCCUCUUAGUGACAUGCAUGUUCCACAAAGGCAGCACUGUGCUUUCUAAGAAACCUUUUCUUAACUUGUUGGUGGAGAUGCGAGUCAGUCAUUAUUUCCUUGCUUCAGGUUGUAAAGACCUACCUGAAAGCUAGAUUCCCAUAGAAAACAUCACUCCAGUCUUUCCCUAUUAUCUUCCAUCCCUCCCCACCCUCCACUUAGUCUAAUUUGUUUCCCUUGCAAGUUCCCUGGUCCACAAGUUCUUUAAGAAGCCUUUAUGUUGUGCCCUAAUUUCUGAAGGAAUUUCUCCCACCUCUACUAAUUUUUCUGCAUGAUUCCUGGACUUAUUUUAGAGCCGCUUUUCUGGAUUCUGGCCUCUUUGCUCACAAGUGACAAGCAUCUCUUCCAGGGAUGCCCAGAUGCCAGGUGCCAGGUGGGAAGACUAGAGCUAAUACCAUGUAUUCCAUCUAAUCUAUCUGGGGACAAGAAACUUGAAGAUUCUGGGCUGUUCCCUGCUGUGUCUGCUCCUACUCCCUGCUGAUCCCCAGCUCCAAUCCCAGCCUUUGCCUCCCAACAUGUCUGCUUCCUACUUUUGUUGAUGGUAACUUAUGAGAAUUUCAUAAUUUUCUAGUGAUUAAAUAUUUAACCGUGAAGCAUUUCAAGUAACGUUAAGAUAAACGUACGCAUCAUUUAUACUGACAUCUCUUCCUUAUGAAAUGCUUUUAAGUUUGACAACAAACUUCCUUAUGACAGAUGUCAGUCUUUUCUUAAAGGGACACUAUCUCCUUGUUCUAGAAAGUGGCUCCUCAUGCUCAGUAACUGCAGGCCAGGAAACGGUUUCUUCCAGAAAUCUGUCUCUGCUGUUGACCUAGGAAAACUGAGUCUUGAGUUUUGGAGCAGGAUACUGAGACCCAUGUACACUCCCUGGUGGUAAUAAGUUAUAACUGCACCAACUCUUCCACUGAGGGAUGGCUAUUUGGUUAGUCAGCCAGGUGAUUUCUGCUGUUUUUAUGGACAAGGAAGUGAGAUUUGGGUGGGAAGGACGCUUUGGUUUGAAAAUGCUUUAGGCUUCUGGUUCCAGUUUUCCGACAAUGUCUCUUUCAAUUAUUUCUCAACCCCUACCCAGGUCUGAUACCACUUUCCCCCACCCCUCCACCCCACCCCCAGGGAUGUCGGAAUUAAUUAGGUUAUGGUCACUGUGAUCUGAAGCCUUGCCCUUUUUUUUAAGAUAUCUGCAGAAUAAUUCCAAUGAUUGAUUUUUGAAUGAAUAAAGUUUUUGUUGAAUAAUGAAGCUGGUCCCAUCUUCUGUUGUAUAACCACGGUCAGCCUCUCUACCUAUAGUAAUGGGCCCUCAGUAGUCCUGUUGCCUUUUACUCUCUGAGAUGGGUAAAUUCCAGGUCCCCUUCCCCUUUGUGAAUUCUCUUCCCCACUCCUUGUCUUGGGGGACUAACAUCGGCUUCAGACUCAUAAAUCUGGAGUUUGAAAGCACCUCGAGGGCCAUCUAGUCUAAUUCCCUCAUUUUCCAUAAAUACCUUUUGUAGCUGGGACAGCUCACAGGGCUACAGCUUCAGAAUGUUUUGGUUCCUGCCCCCUCCUGCUCUGCUCACUGACUUCCUAUAUGUAGGCAGGCACGGCACUCCCACUCUGUGUGUACAGGACGGACUGUCCAAGGGCAGUCGUCACCUGGUCCCACCCACCUCACAGGGUUGUUAUGGGGAUCCUGAGAUGAUGGACUGAAGUGGUCACUUUGCAAAGCUGAAAGUGACAUGUAAAUAGAAAGCAUUAUAAAUUCUGAUUGUUUCCCCACUUAGGAGUUUUGUCUUGUUUGGAAACAAAUUAGGCAGUUCUUAAAAAGCAGCAAAGUUUUUUGGGUGGUAGGAGCCUUUCUCAUUUUUUUGGUUGGCUUGCUUGCUAGUCUGCCUUCUUCCCUGCUGGAGAUGCCUUUCUGCCUGGAACUGUAUGUGUGUGUGUGUGUGUGUGUGUGUGUGUGUGUGUGUGUGUAUGUGAGAGAGAGAGAGAUAAAGAUGCAAAGAUAGUGUCAUGGCUGUGAGCGGUUUCCAGUCCCUGUUGUUACAGGCUGCCAGAUGUUAGAGAUGCUGAAUAUUAUAGGUGCCUGUGUGGGCCAAAUUGCAUGCCUCACCUUAACUGCCCCCAACCCCUCCCCUAGUGCUCUGUGUUGUGUAUGUUGUCAGUGUCGCACCAAUUAAACACACUACCUGGACUGUCCUCUCUUUUCCCUUUGUGUGGACCUAUUGCUUUUCCUUCUCUUUUUAUGUUGUUUUUGUUUUGAUGUUUUUAAAGGUCUUUUUUUGUGUUUUUUUUUUUCCCUUUCUCAUGAAAUCUUCCUCUGUUCUUUGGGAUAUUAUCUGAAUCCAAGUAAUAUUCUUCAAAAGAGAACCUGCGGUUUAAGAGAAGCUAGAUGCUAAAUGUCAAGUGUCUGCCUGGUAUAGAAGGAAAUGGAGUGGACAGAAUCCUGGCUCUAGUAUUCAUUCCCUGUGUGACCUUGUUAAGCCAUUUGAUCUCUCUGGGUGUCCGUUUCCUCAUCAGUAAAAUGAGAGGGUUGGAUACUAUCGCAUGAUAGGACACCGCAGACCACGUCCGCUGGCGGACAGAAACCCCCACAAUAUCACCACAAAUUUCUACCACCAUAAUAUGACUCCAAAAUAUUUUGUCAAACUGCAGGGAAAAAAUAUUCUUAACUCACUUUGUGAGGUGUAGAUGUGGCCCAUAGCCUACAACAAUUUGCCGCAUCGUGGAAGUGAAGAUGGUAAUUGGAUAGGCUCCUUUCAGCUUGACUCCCCCAUUUUCCCUCUUGGUUUUGGGGUGAGCCUGAGAGUUGAGCUUUGCCACAGGCCAGGAUUUCAGAGGUGCCAUCUCAGUCUUUCUCUCCCACCUUAAGACCACAUAUCUUUCUUUGGGAUUUGUGGUUUGCUCAGCACUGUGCUGUAUAGGCCCUGUAGAAGCCACAAACCAAUGUGGCCCCUGUCAUUAAGCAGCUAUCAAUUUUGUUAGGCGACAUAAGAUAAACCUAUAAAUGAACAAUAAGAGCUAAAUUGUAUGGUACAUUUAGAUUGAUCCUGGCCACAAUUUUCUUGUUUUGGACCAAACUCUUAAGGGUGAAUGUAUCACUGGGAUAACCGAACCAGUCUCUGAAGGUCAAAGAUUUUGCAUCUGAAUAAGGAGAAUCAGAUCAAGAUUUAACCUCCACUUCCUUUUUUGGAGGAAAAAUAACCCAGGGUAUCACAUCUUGAACAUAUGUAUAAGAGAGAGAGAGAGAGAGAGAUGGAUGUAGAUGGAGGAAAGGAGAGAGAGUGAGAACCUAGAGGGAAGGAAGAAAUGAAGGUUUUUAGUAUUAAUACCUUUCACUUGCCAGAAGUAUACAUUUUCCAUGGAGAAAAAGGUAAGCUUCCCAAGACCAGGAGCCUAUUUGAUACCAGGCUCUUAAUGAGACCCCUGGGGGGAAAAGGCAUUUGUCAAGCUCCAUCAACUUCAGACACAAUUCCAUUGCCAUUCCUUGUUUGAUUUAUCAUCUGGGCAGCCACAGUAAAGGGUCUUUCCUAAUAUGGAAAGGGCUAUGAAGAUCCCCUAUAUGGAUGGCCAUAUAUAUAUACUUGGGUGAAGGAUCUUGGUUUUGUUUUUAAAGUUUUUUUUUUUCCAAAAAUGAAGCUUGUCAAAAAUUUGUCAGAGAAAAAGAGAGCCCAGUGUUAUCUUGCAAGUCUUACUCUGAUAAUAAAGGCUUUAGAAGACAAA